UGCCCGGAGGGGGCGGCGGCCAUCCCUCUGGGUCCCGGGAGGCUGCGGCGGCGUCGGUCGCAGCGAACGCGGGUUCCGCCAGAGCUCGUGUGGGUUUUGGUACGAGGAGCGUGAGGGUCUCGGACUCCCCUCUCCUGUGCCGGGCUGCUCGGCGCCUUCCCACCCGGGUCCCCGGGCGUCGCGGCCGCCUCAGUCGGAACCCCUCCCGGCUGCAGCCCGUCGCGGGCCGGCUGUAACUGCGCCUCGGGCCGGACGAUGCCCAAGAAGCUGUUGCUGCUGCCGCCGCUCUCCGUGUCCUCGGCUUUCCGCGCCCCGCGAGUCAGCCCCGCUGCACGCCUGGCCAUGAACGCCGCCCGCACCGGCUACCGAGUCUUCUCGGCCAACUCCACGGCCGCGUGCACCGAGCUGGCCAAGCGCAUCACCGAGCGUCUUGGUGCUGAACUGGGGAAGUCCGUGGUGUAUCAGGAGACCAAUGGAGAAACAAGAGUUGAAAUAAAAGAAUCUGUUCGAGGCCAAGAUGUUUUCAUUAUACAGACAAUCCCCAGAGAUGUGAACACCGCCGUGAUGGAGUUACUGAUCAUGGCGUACGCGCUGAAGACCGCCUGCGCCAGGAGUAUCAUUGGCGUCAUCCCUUACUUCCCCUACAGCAAGCAGAGCAAGAUGCGGAAGCGGGGCUCCAUCGUGUGCAAGCUCCUGGCGUCUAUGCUGGCGAAAGCGGGUUUAACUCACAUUAUCACUAUGGACCUUCACCAAAAGGAAAUCCAAGGCUUUUUCAGCUUUCCCGUGGACAACCUCCGAGCCUCACCUUUCCUGCUUCAGUACAUCCAGGAAGAAAUUCCAAAUUACAGAAACGCAGUCAUUGUAGCUAAGUCUCCUGAUGCUGCAAAAAGGGCCCAGUCAUACGCGGAGAGACUCCGGCUGGGCCUGGCUGUGAUCCACGGGGAGGCUCAGUGCACCGAGCUGGACAUGGACGACGGCCGCCACUCCCCCCCGAUGGUCAAAAACGCCACGGUCCACCCCGGCCUGGAGCUGCCGUUGAUGAUGGCCAAAGAGAAGCCGCCGAUAACCGUGGUGGGAGACGUCGGCGGGAGCAUCGCCAUCAUAGUGGAUGACAUCAUUGAUGAUGUGGAAAGCUUCGUUGCUGCUGCAGAGAUCCUGAAAGAGAGAGGCGCUUACAAGAUCUACGUCAUGGCCACCCACGGCAUCCUGUCUGCAGAGGCCCCCCGCCUGAUCGAGGAGUCCUCCAUCGAUGAGGUGGUGGUGACCAACACUGUCCCUCACGAGGUGCAGAAGCUCCAGUGCCCCAAGAUCAAGACGGUGGACAUCAGCCUGAUCCUUUCUGAGGCCAUCCGCAGGAUCCACAACGGGGAGUCCAUGGCCUACCUCUUCCGGAACAUCACUGUGGAUGACUAGCGCUCACGGUGGCCUUGACCUGGGCCUCCUGAGGAGAACAGUGCCAUCAGUUAUGUACAUGGUGUUUCCUUUCAACGGAGGCAGAGCGUCUCUCCCGUCAAGCUUGGUCGGUGGGAGGCAUUAAGAUAGUCAAGAGGGAGACAGCGCUAACGGAUAAAUGGCCUUAAAUGUGUGCCCUCACCAUCCUGUUCCUUCAAGGAACGUCACCAGCACUUUCCUGAGAAGAACCAGAGCCGAUGGUGUUGGAAGGACUUAGCGGCAGGCCGUCCUAACUCGGGAACUGCAUUCAGUUGUUGCAGCCGCAGGGAAUGCGUGUUCCUGUUCCGCCUGGGGCGGGAAGCCGAGUGCUUCCAUCCAACUGUUUCCAUCCAACUGUCCUCGCCUUAGGCAGCCGCAGGCGAACCUUCUGGAGAGACUGCUGCAGCCGGUGAGCAGCCAGGCGUGCGCAGGGUUGCUCCCCAGCAAGGACGCAGGUCGGAGAAUGGCGCCCUCUCUGGGCGUGUGCCUUGCACAAAUGAAAGGCUCUCUUGUCUUGCUGGUCUCCACGCCAUUGCACAGCCACCCACUGGCGUGCCUCCUGGGGACUAACUUGGUCCAGACUCUGCAGGAGACGAGGGAUGCAGUCAAGGGGUGGGGUCCGUGGUGGGCCCAGUCCCGGGCAGGAGUCUUCCGCAGGUCCUGUCGCUCCUGCCCAUUGGAGUGAAAUCCUCACUGAAUAAGAUGGUGAAGAUCUAAAUUUGUAAAACACAACGGAUUGUACGUUUCCCAGUUAUAGGUGACACUGUUUAUUGAAUCACUUAGAACUGCACUUGGCCUUUCUACCCAGCAUUUAAAAUGACACAAUCAGAACCCUGACUUACACCCAUGUGUCAGGGAGACCUGGCUGCAGUGUGGUAUAAACUUCCCACCCUCUGGUCCGCCCCGGGUCAGGGCUGAGGGCAGCGACGGGAAGGAGGGCGUCUGCCCGCCGUGACCUGGAAUUGCUCGAUGGGUCUGGUAGUUCCUCGGAGACAAUAAAGGCCAAUUUGCACAUUU